CAUGGCUGCCACCAUAGAGUGUGGGGCUGAUACAAAUACUUCAGAAAACAACAUGUCCUUUAAAAAAGCUCUGUCUGUAGCUUCUUCUCUCACGCUGCAGAUUGUUGCUGAGUGCCCGGUGACCAAAGCGAGGGUUUGUGAUCUCAUACUGCCACACUGCGCCGUUAACACACCGGUUUUUAUGCCUGUCGGUACUCAAGGGACCCUGAAGGGAAUCACUGUGGAUCAGCUGGAGGCUCUUGGAUGUCAGAUUUGUCUUGGAAACACAUACCACCUUGGAAUGAGGCCGGGACCUGAUUUGAUCGAGAAAGCCAGUGGUUUGCAUGGGUUCAUGAACUGGAAGAGAAAUCUUUUAACUGACAGUGGAGGGUUUCAGAUGGUGUCUCUUGUUGAACUCUCCGAGGUCACUGAGGAAGGCGUCAAGUUCAAGUCACCCUAUGAUGGGAAAGAGAUCCUACUAAGCCCUGAGAAGUCCAUCAGCAUACAGAACAGUCUGGGUUCAGACAUCAUGAUGCAGUUGGAUGACGUGGUCAGCAGUACUGUGACGGGACCAAGGGUGGAGGAGGCCAUGCACAGAUCCAUUCGGUGGCUGGAUCGCUGCAUUGCAGCCAAUAAAAAUCCACACAAACAGAACCUGUUUGCCAUAAUCCAGGGAGGACUAAAUUCAGAGCUGCGCAAAGCAUGUCUAGCUGAAAUGACCAAACGUGAAGUUCCUGGUUUUGCCAUUGGAGGCUUAAGUGGAGGAGAGGAGAAGGAUGACUUCUGGCGAAUGGUCACGCUGAGCACCGACCACCUGCCGCGAGAAAAACCUCGCUACCUCAUGGGUGUUGGGUAUGCUGUGGAUCUGGUGGUGUGUGUCGCUCUUGGAUGUGACAUGUUUGACUGUGUCUUCCCAACUCGCACUGCGAGGUUUGGCUCUGCCUUGGUGCCUUGGGGAUCUCUCCAGGUGAAACAAAAGCAGUAUGCGAAAGACUUCCAGCCCAUAGACCCAGACUGCCAGUGUCCCACCUGCAAGAGACAUAGUCGAGCUUACCUGCACGCUCUGUUUAAGAGUGACACUGCUGCCAUGCAUCACAUCACCAUCCACAACAUUGCCUACCAGCUCAACCUGAUGCGCUCUGUGAGACAGAGCAUCGUGGAAGGACGCUUCCCUGAGUUUAUUCAGACGUUCAUGAAGCGGAUGUUUCCCUCCCGUGACCAGUAUCCCAGCUGGGCUGUGGACGCUUUGGCUUCUGUCAACGUCACACUUGAAUAGAACCUGGAAAGCAACUGUUUUUAUUCCACAUGAAGAUAAAUGUCAAUGACUGUAUGAUUUUUAUACCUUUUAAAUAACCUUUUUUAUGGAUUUUUUUCUGGUCUUUGUUUAUACUUGUACAUGCAUUGCUUGUUUUGUUGAAGAUGAGGAGAAUGGCUUUUGAUCUGAAGGGAUAAAGUCUGGUUGUCUGUUGCUCACCCAGCCUCUGCAAAUUGUCCUCAGAGUACACAUUAUGAUAAUGUGAGACUGAAUGGGGUUUAAAUGAGGUUUGAAACACAUGAACUAUAUCUGAUAUGCUCAGACAUUUUUUGUUGUUACCAUGGCUACACAGCUAGGCCCACCCACUUGAAAUGAAAUGUUUUGCCUUCCUGUCAACGCUUUUAAUUUUUUUGUGGUUACUUGUAAUACAGAGACGUUAGAUUUUUGUCCACAGGCACAA